AUGUCUGCCUCCAAUACAUCUCCUGUUAUCGUCGUAGGCGCCAGCGUUGUCGGCCUGUCCGCAGCCCUAUGCCUGGCCUCACAUCGAGUACCAACCAUCGUUCUUGAAAAGCACUUCGGUGUCUCUCCUCAUCCCCGUGCAAUCGGAUUCACCGCUAGGACAAUGGAGAUCUACUGCUCUCUCGUUAUCAAGAAUAAAGAUCCUACACCGGAGAAUUUCGAGCUCAAACGUCUCCGCGUCGAAAGUUUGACGGGCAAGUGGUUCGAGCAGAGCUCAUGGUCUGAUACCAGGAAAAAUAAAUCUUCCGAAGACUCUUCAUUAUCAAAGCAACAGCAGGUCCCUUCUUCUCCAAAGAAAGAGUAUUCGGCUUCUUGGGGAACAGCUCUGCCCCAAGACAAGCUUGAACCAAUCCUAGAAUCCCUAGCCCUGGACCGAGGCGCAGAUAUCCGACGGCAAUAA